GUCCCUUUCCCUCCUCACCCUCAAACCUUGAAAUCGGUGAAUAUAAAAUAAGCAAAUCAGGUGCCACAGGCAUCGUUCCUCCAGGCAUUCGACAAUGAAGACUUUUUACUUGCUACUAGCCCUGAUAUUACUGGUGGCAGCCCUGAUGGCCAACGCACAGGGCGGAUUUGGAGCUCAAGGGGGUGGACGAGGGGGCGGAGGUCACGGUGGAAGGCAUGGUGGACAUGGUGUGGGAAGACCAGGAGGAUUCGGUGGACGAGGACAAGGCGGAUUCGGUGGGGGAAGAGGAGGAGGUGGAAGAGGUGGACAUGGUGGAUUCGGGGGACAAGGCGGAUUCGGUGGGGGAAGUGGACGAGGUGGAAGAGGAGGACAAGGUGGAUUCGGGGGACACGGUGGACGAGGACAAGGCGGAUUCGGUGGAGGAGGUGGAAGAGGAGGACGGGGUGGAAGGGGUUAAGUCAGUCAUGCUGAAAAGGACUUUGUUGACGCACGAGAAGAAAAUUUUGUACAUAGUAUGAAAUAAAAUGUACUUCAUCUGCA